AUGUUCAUCAAACCGUCGGCAAUUUUAAAAACCGAUUGUAAAAUCGAUAACACUUUAGACAACAUACUUGGACAAUUGCUAUAUUUGGAUUCUAGAAGAACCACGAUUUUGAUGUCAAAAUUUUUUUAUGAAAAUCCUGGAUUAAGUGAUAUAAUCGGGAGGAAGAAGAUGGCGAUUGUGACGCAGACAACGAAUUACCAGUUAACUGAUGAAGAUUGGCGAUUCUUUGGGAUGUAUACAACUGUAGAUUUCUUGCUGAAUUUGGACUUCAUGGAGCAGUUGGAUGUGGAAGAUAAGAUUACUCUUCUCAAAAUCUUCGCCGCUAAAGCCACUAUGCUGUUCACCUCGUUGAGAACCAUGCGUGGGAAAAAUGAAAAAUUAAUCACGCCAGGUGGCCAUGAAAUCUUACCUGAUGCUUUGAGCGAAUUUUUCGAUGUCUCGCUAGAAUUUCUACGCGAAAUUCGAAGUCUUCUGGUUAACAAGAUCAUUGAACUGAACAUCACUACUGAAAAAUUGCUACUCGUCACUGUUAUACUUUUUUUUGAUCCUGCCAUCUGCACUCUAUCUGGAGGUUGUGCAACUAUCGUCACUUCCAAACAAGGAGCCUAUACAUCUGCUUUAUUCCAAUAA